AUGUUGGCAGCUUUCCUCAAGAAGCAGCCGAAGGAGUAUUUCGCCGACAUUGCCCAAGAGAUUUUCCGUGACCAAGGCUCCACUGCAGCUCCCUCUGCUGAAGACGCGGCAUUCAUGCUCGAGGAUUUCAUGAGCACAGACGCCCUGCGCAACAGGGGGAAGUUCGUCAAAACGAAAGCGUGGUUCGGGAUGAUAAAUUCAUUCCGUGAUCUACUCCACAAUUGGACAGUGCAAAGGGAAGCGGCUACGGCAGUUCUUCAUGAAUCAGGCGGCGCUGUGGAUGCUGAGCCAGAUGAGGGUGACCAGGAUGAGCGUCCGCGUCAGCCUGAGCCUGAAGCAGCCCCACCGCCAAAAAAGUGGACCAAGGCAGACUUGUACAAGGCCUACAAAGGCCGUGGGCCACAUUCGAUGAACGCGGAGUUUCUGCAGGACGAGAGCUUGAGAAGCACGGCCGUGUUGUUGGUUCGGAUCACCUCCCCUUUGCAGAAUGCUUAUGCUGCGGAUCUAAAAGCGCAGCAGGCAGGGGCAAAGUCGCAGAUGGAGUGGAUCGCAGACAGGGCUGCAGGAGGUGGGUUCCAGAUAGCUACGGACAUUUUAGGUGAGCUGGCUGAUCCAUCGCUCUACCGCGAGAUGAGAUUGGCACCGCCCUCAGAGCCCCCGAUGGACCCUGAGAACGAGUACCUCAGUGAGGACGUGCAGCUCACGCAAAAGGCAUUCACCUUCGGCGUGCAUCUGGCAUCCAACAUCCUGUGGGGUCAACUUUUAUACCGCUACACUCUCCCACUCGCAGCUGCAGCGUUGCUCUCGCCAGAGCCUGCUGCUAGGAAAAUGUUUUCUGCAGUCUUUCUUUUUCUACAAGUUUUGCUUCUGGGUCUGUGUUGCGUGUUACUGGGGCUUGUACAUCAAUGUAAGGAGAAGCGCGUUGAGGCCAUGAGGUCUCUCAAGCGGCUGGUCAACGUCAUUGUGAAAGCAGAGGACAUGUUGCUCGCUGGUCCGCACCUCAUUUACAUGGCUGUGGCAGACCUGGCUUGGCCAGAGGAAACACUGGCCCGGGAAACAAUGGUGAGGCUUUUGCGCGCAGGUUUCCAAGAUGGCAAUGAUGAGUGCUUCGAACUUCAGCGAUUGCUUUUGCGCACUUUCUUAGGAAGUGCGAGCACGAAGGAAGUCUUAGAGAGCACUUUCGCGCACAUUCGAGACGUUGUUGCCCGACAUGUCAAGAACCAAAAAAUUUCCCCUGUGGCAGCAUGGUUCUACACAAUUGCCUCUCCGUACUCCAUGUUAAAAACAUGUGGCAUGGAUCAUUGCUUGCCGGAUCGGCAAGCAUGGGUGAAGUGGCGUUCUUUCUACGGCCGCGCGAGAGUAGAGAAGAUGAAGCUGUACAAUGAAGCCGCAAAUGUGCAAGCAACAUCGCUGCCCCGUGGACGUGAGAUUCCUCGCAGCGCAGCCGGUAUCAAAAAAACGAAAUGGAGACUGGCAGGGCCCCUCAGUCAUUACAAAAGCUCGUCCGCGCUUCUCUAUCUCUUGGAGGAUGAGGCCUCUGGUUUCUCAAACUGCCACAGGGCGUGGGCUGGCGUGUUUCUGCAGUGUGGACAGUUCUUCUUUCACAAGGAGCAGAACCAGUGCGUCCUCUCGCUUGGAUUUAAUGGAUGGUGCGCACUUGGAGUGGAGUUGGAGUGUGUCCAGCUUCGAGGCAAGGAGUAUGUGACCUUGAAGCAUGGUCUCCGAGCUCGUGAGUGCAUCACCGCCAUGUUCCACUUUGACCUUGCCCACGAGUCCUCCACAUGGAGCAGCGUCAAGGUGAAACUCUUGCCGCCCGCGUGCCUUCCUAGGGAACUGGUGCAGUUUGGAAUGGCUUUCGAGAUCCUAAGUAAGGAUGGGUGGGUUCUACGCGAUGCUUUGGCCUCGCAUGUGAAGCUGAAUGUGGAACAGUUGCAGCAGGCUUGCCAGGCAGUGAAAGCAGUGCUUCCUGAGAAAGGAAAAGGCUCUGGCGCCAACGGAGGCAUUACCAGACCGGAUUUUGUACGAGCUCUCCUGAAAAGCGUGUUCCCGGACGAUGCCCAGGAGUACAGAGACGAGUUGUUCAAAGCCAUGAUGGGCAACAAGAAGCAAACCGUUGAUGUUGCUGUGGUUGCAGCCAUCUCCGAGUUGGACCCGGAGAACCAGCAAGAGUCUGCAUUCAAGAAGAUGAAGCAACGUGCCAUGCAGAUGUUCGAGGAGGAGGUCUAUGGAGAAGGUGUUCAGCAAGGCCUUUCCAACAAGCUGGAUAGGGAGAAAGACGAACACAAACGAGAAGCCAACUAUGAGGAGGCAAAGGCGAAGGUCGACGAGCUUGUGAAGGAGCAUCAGGAAGCAGAGCACAAGAAGGUUGUUCGCAACUUUGACCUGACACCAGCCGACCUCAAACUUUUGCUUCCUGGCGAGGGUACCAUUUCCGGAAUCUUCUAUGCCCGCUACAAUCCCAUUGCUGGCUGGUUUUCUGCGCAGUACCCCGUUGGUGAGGCAGGAGUUCGUGACUCCUGCCAGAGGCAGUGGGGUACAAACCAGUGUCCGACUAAGUUGGACGCUCUCCGAGCAGUGCUUUCAUUUGUUUACUCCCGCUGGAAUGCGAGAAAUCCGCAACGGCGAUUUGAAAUCCCCAGCGACGAAAGGUUGCAACGUUACCUGGACACCCUCACACCCGCGUGA